GUUUUUUCUCUCCAACAUUUUUCACUUUUUCUUCCAAUUUGAUUGCAAUGAGUCGCUUCUUGAGAUCUCAUGGUGCGAUUAACGCACUCCGAUCUCUCAACCACAUCCAACAAUCUCCGAUUAGAGCUUCCUCCAUUCUAAACCAAUCCCUUCUCCUUUCCUCUAAUCGCUUCAAGUCGCCGUCUUCCUCCCCCUCCUACGUCCGCCAUUUCCGUGCCUCUCGCGAUCCCAGCAACAGUUAUGAUACUCCCCCUCCUGUUAAUUGGGGCAUCCGAAUAGUACCUGAGAAGAAGGCUUACGUGAUUGAGAGAUUCGGAAAGUACGCUAAGACCUUGGAACCUGGGAUUCACUUGUUGAUUCCUUUUGUUGAUAAAAUUGCUUAUGUGCAUUCUCUUAAAGAGGAGGCAAUUCCUGUCCCAGACCAAUCUGCCAUUACCAAGGACAAUGUCAGCAUCUUGAUAGAUGGAGUGCUCUACGUUAAGAUCGUCGACCCUAAGCUGGCAUCAUAUGGAGUGGAGAAUCCACUAUAUGCUGUCAUUCAGCUUGCACAAACCACUAUGCGUAGCGAACUUGGCAAGAUCACUCUUGACAAAACAUUUGAAGAAAGAGACACGUUGAAUGAAAAGAUAGUGAUAGCCAUCAAUGAAGCUGCAAAAGAUUGGGGCUUGCAAUGUCUUCGAUAUGAAAUAAGGGAUAUAUCUCCUCCUCGCGGUGUCAAAGCAGCUAUGGAGAUGCAGGCAGAAGCUGAGCGUAAAAAGAGAGCCCAGAUUCUAGAAUCGGAAGGAGAAAGACAAGCACACAUUAACAUUGCUGAUGGAAAGAAGAGCUCUAUGAUGUUGGAAGCUCAGGGAGAAGCAGAGGCUAUUUUAGCUAGAGCUCAAGCAACAAAUAAAGGAAUUGCUUUGGUCUCUCAAGCUCUUAAAGAAAAUGGAGGAGUUGAGGCAGCAAGCUUGCGCAUUGCAGAACAGUACAUUAACGCAUUUGGAAAUGUGGCGAAGGAGGGCACGACUUUAUUGCUCCCUAUGAAUGCUUCAAAUCCUGCCAGCAUGAUGGCUCAGGCACUAAAUAUAUACAAAAGCUUAAUCGGUCAGGAUCCUGGAAAUGCAUCCCUACCUGAAUCUACAGCAGAUGGCAAGAAGGAAUCGUAUAUUAGUGGAGCUGAACAUGAGAGCCACUCGGUGAAUUCUAGCCUAGGAUCACCAGUAUUUUCUCUUCAAAACAAAAGGAAGAAUUGAGGAAAAUUUUGAGUUGCAUUACUCGGCUGAGAUGGCUUGAUUUUGGUUAAAAUAUCUUGUUGUUUUGCAUAUAGCUUCACUUUUUAGUAUUAGGUUAAUGGAAUUGUGAUUUUGAAUGGAGUG